AUGGUGACAUCCAACACCAACAUGGACACCGACACCAUGGCCUUUUGCUUUGGCCCGACGAAGAGGGCCGCCUUUGGUACCGCGACAGCCGCCUUUGCGCACUUUGCCCUCGACAACCCCGCCGCCAUCGCCGUGCACGACCUCUCGGCUCAGGUGCCACGACAGGUCACGUACGGCACGCUCGCCCUGCAGGCACAGGCCCUCGCGUGGCACCUCACUAGCAUCGGCGUGAAGCCGGGGCACCGCGUGCCGCUCGUCGUCAAGCGCAGCUGCGAGAUGGUUGUCGGCAUCUGGGCCGUGCUGCUCUGCGGCGCCCAGUACGUCCCGCUCGACGGCGGCGUCGUGCCCGACUCGACGCUCCGCCACGUGCUCAAGCAGAGCGGCGGCAAAGUCGUCGUCUGCAUCUCGUCGACGGAGAAGAGAAUAACCAACCUGUUCCCGCACGCGCUUGCGGUGAAUGUGGAAAAGUGUGUGGCUGCUGGCGGCCUCCCGCUGGCCACGCGCUGGAUGGACUUGGCGACGCCAGCGAGCGGCUGCUACGUCAUUUACACAUCAGGCAAGUCCGUCGGACGCGCGCCGCAGAAUAUUUGUCUUCUAAUAUCGAUUCUAGGAACUACAGGAAAGCCCAAAGGCGUCGAUGUUACGCAUGCCAACGUGGCCAACCUUGUGUGCCAGCAUCCCGGAAGCCUCGGUGUAAGUCCCGGCGUCCGCGUUGGCCAAGUCCUCAACAUUAGCUUCGAUAUGGCGGCCUGGGAAAUUUUCACAUGCCUAUGCAACGGCGGCACUCUCGUCAUCCGCGGGUCCGACUGGGAGCCCACGAUGAGCCAGAUUGAUGUAUUAAUUUGCACACCAAGCAUCCUGUCCAAAUACCCACCUCAGAGAUACCGCAACAUCAGAGUCGCCGCAACGGCCGGCGAGCCCACAACCCAGUCGCUGGCCGAUCUCUGGGCCACGGAAGCCGAGUACUGGAACUGCUGCGGCCCAACCGAGACCACCAUUGUCAACACCAUGAGCAGACACGUCGCAGGCGAGACCAUCAACAUUGGCAAGCCGACGCCGAACAACAACGUGUAUAUUCUCGACGAGGCUAUGCAGCCGGUCGAGCUCGGCCAGACGGGCGUCAUGUGGGCAGGUGGCAGCGGCGUGUCGCGAGGCUAUGUCGGACUCGAGCAAAAGACCACGGAGUCCUACCUACCAGACCCUUUUAUGAAUGACGGUUCACGAAUGUAUCGAACGGGCGACCUCGGCAAAUGGGAUCCCUCUGGCAACAUCCUGAUUCUUGGACGCUGCGACGACCAGGUAAAAAUCAAGGGAUUUCGAGUCGAGCUCGACGGCAUCUCGGCGUCCCUCCUGUCCGCCCCCGGCGUCUCGCACGCCGUCGCCCUGUUCCUCGACGGACAGAUCCACGCCUUUGUCGCGCCGGCGCACCAAGACGAGCAGCACAUCCUCGCGUGCGUCGCCGAGCGGCAGCCCUACUACGCCGUGCCCUCGGCCGUGCACCAGCUGGCCGCCUUUCCCGUCACCGCCAACGGCAAGACGGACAAGAAGGCCCUGCGCAGCCUGUACGAAGACGAAAAGCAGCACAGCAGCAGAAGCCGGUUCGCGUCUGAGAGCGACGACGACCGGGACAGGACGCCGAGCGAAAAGGGAACGCUCGUCGAGACGCGCUCGCUUUCCUCGGCCACGACGGCCUACGACGCGCCGCCGAUGCUCGACGCCGACGUGCCGGACAAGACGCUGCCGCAGCCGUUCCGCGGGCUCGCGUACCGCAUCCUCAUCAUCUACCGCGCGCUCUUCUCGUGCGUGGUGCUCCUCAACGGCGGCGUGCUCGCGGCGCUGCUGCUGCUCCUCGGCGGCGCCGACCGCCAGAAGCACCUUCCGCUGCUCGUCGCCGCCAACCUCACGCUGGCCGUGCUGGUCCGCCAGGACGCCGUCGUCAACGCGCUGUACACGGUGUGCUGCUCAGUGCCCCGCGCCGCGCCGCUCUGGCUGCGCCGCCGCUGCGCCAAGAUUUACCACCUCGGCGGCGUGCACUCGGCGGCGGCCGUCUGCUCGACCGCCUGGCUGCUGGGCAGCACCUUCGCCUCGUCCGUCGCGUACGUGCGCAACGGGGCGGCGGCUCAGGCGCAGGACUCGAUGGCCUCGAUUGUCGUCUCGUGGCUGAUUUGCGCCCUCUGCUGCACCAUGUACCACGACACGUUUGAGAUCUCGCACCGCUUCAUGGGCUGGACGGCGCUGCUCCUCUUUUGGGUCAAGACGGUGCUGCAAGCGCGCUCGGCCGCAGCGGCGACGCCGGGCGGGCAGGACCUCGGCGGCGCGCUCGUCCGCAGCCCCGCGUUCUGGCUGCUCGUCGUGGCGACGGGCAGCAUCGCCUCGUCGUGGCUGUUCCUGCGCAAGGUGCCCGUGGAGACGGUGCCGCUCUCGGACCACGCGGCCGUGCUCUCCUUUACGUACACGGUGCCGGUCAACGGCAGCUUCACGCGCAUCUCGACGCGGCCGCUGCUCGAGUGGCACUCGUUUGCGACGAUCCCGCAGCCGGUGGCGCCGACGGCGCUGGCCAGCCGCCCGGGCUACUCCCUCGUCGUGUCCAACGCGGGCGACUGGACCAAGGCGUGCAUCCGUAGCGCGCCGCGCUCCGUGUGGGUGCGCGGCAUCCCGACCUGCGGCGUCAUGCGCAUCGCCACGCUCUUCAACCGCAUCGUCAUCAUCGGCACCGGCUCCGGCAUCGGCCCGCUCCUGGGCCACAUCCAGAACCCGACCUGCAAGACGCAGCUCAUCUGGUCCACCAAGAGCCCGGAAAAGACGUUUGGCAAGCCCGUCUUGGACUCGAUUUACAACACCAUCCCGGAUGCCGUUAUUCACGACACGGCCACCAAGGGCCGCCCGGACCUCACCAAGAUGGGAUACAACCUGGCCGUGUCGUUUGGCGCAGAGGCGGUCAUUAUUAUUGCUAAUGAGAAGAUUACGAAAAAGGUCGUGUAUGGCCUGGAAACGAGAGGAAUCCCGGCCUAUGGAGCUAUUUGGGACAGCUGA